CAGUAGGCGAGAGUCCGGUGUUGGGUGCGGAGCCUGCGGCCGUUCCCGCGGCCUCCUCCUCCUCCCCGUUCCCCUCACCUCCAUCCCAUACCCCAUUCCCCAUCCCGGCUCCGUCACCCUCCCGCCCCCCACACUCAGGACAAGAAUGCCCUGCCCGGAACAACCUAGCAGCGCCUAGAUGGCUUUGGUCACGGUCCAGCGGUCGCCUACCCCCAGCACCACCUCCAGCCCCUGCGCCUCGAGUUCUUAUUUGGAAGACAGUGAAUCAGCAGUGUUACUUUGCUGUGAAUGUGAAGAAUCAGAUAUCUUUAGUGGUUCCAAUGAGGCAGACAGUGGGGAGGAGGAAUGCCGGUCACAGCCCCGGAGCAUCAGCGAGAGCUUUCUAACUGUCAAAGGUGCUGCCCUUUUUCUACCACGGGGAAAUGGCUCAUCCACACCAAGAAUUAGCCACAGACGCAACAAGCAUGCAGGUGAUCUUCAACAGCAUCUCCAAGCAAUGUUCAUAUUACUCCGCCCAGAAGAUAACAUCAGGCUGGCUGUAAGACUAGAAAGUACUUACCAGAACAGAACACGCUAUAUGGUAGUGGUUUCAACCAAUGGUAGACAAGACACUGAAGAAAGCAUCGUCCUGGGAAUGGAUUUCUCUUCUAAUGACAGUAGCACUUGUACCAUGGGCUUAGUCCUGCCCCUCUGGAGUGACACCCUAAUUCAUUUGGAUGGUGAUGGUGGGUUCAGUGUAUCAACGGAUAACAGAGUGCACAUAUUCAAACCUGUAUCUGUACAGGCAAUGUGGUCUGCACUACAGAGUUUACACAAGGCUUGUGAAGUGGCCAGAAUGCAUAACUACUACCCAGGCAGCCUGUUUCUCACCUGGGUGAGUUAUUACGAGAGCCACAUCAACUCAGAUCAGUCAUCAGUCAAUGAAUGGAAUGCUAUGCAGGAUGUGCAGUCCCACCGGCCUGACUCUCCAGCUCUCUUCACAGACAUACCAACUGAACGUGAGCGAACAGAGAGAUUAAUUAAAACCAAAUUAAGGGAGAUAAUGAUGCAGAAGGAUUUGGAGAAUAUCACAUCCAAAGAGAUACGAACUGAGUUGGAAAUGCAAAUGGUGUGCAACUUACGAGAAUUCAAGGAAUUUAUAGAUAAUGAAAUGAUAGUGAUCCUUGGUCAAAUGGAUAGCCCUACCCAGAUAUUUGAGCACGUUUUCUUGGGCUCAGAAUGGAAUGCCUCUAAUCUAGAGGAUUUACAGAACCGAGGGGUGCGGUAUAUCUUGAAUGUCACUCGAGAGAUAGAUAACUUCUUCCCAGGAGUCUUUGAGUAUCAUAACAUCCGAGUAUAUGAUGAAGAAGCAACAGAUCUGCUGGCUUACUGGAAUGACACUUACAAAUUCAUCUCUAAAGCAAAGAAACAUGGAUCUAAAUGCCUUGUGCACUGCAAAAUGGGGGUGAGUCGCUCAGCCUCCACUGUGAUUGCCUAUGCAAUGAAGGAAUAUGGCUGGAAUCUGGACCGGGCCUAUGACUAUGUGAAGGAAAGGCGGACAGUGACCAAACCCAACCCCAGCUUCAUGAGACAACUGGAAGAGUACCAGGGGAUCUUGCUGGCAAGCAAACAGCGUCAUAACAAGCUCUGGAGAUCUCAUUCAGAUAGCGACCUCUCAGACCACCAUGAACCCAUCUGCAAACCAGGGCUAGAACUCAACAAGAAGGAGAUCACCACCUCAGCAGACCAGAUUGCCGAGGUGAAGACCAUGGAGAAUCACCCACCCAUACCUCCCGUCUUUGUGGAACACGUUGUCCCACAAGAUGAAAAUCAGAAGGGCCUAUGUACCAAAGAAAGAAUGAUCUGCUUGGAGUUUACUUCUAGGGAAUUUCAUGCUGGACAGAUUGAAGAUGAAUUAAACCUAAAUGACAUCAAUGGAUGCUCAUCAGGGUGUUGUCUCAAUGAAUCAAAAUUCCCUCUUGACAACUGCCAUGCAUCCAAAGCCUUAAUCCAACCUGGACAGGCCCCAGAAAUUGCCAACAAGUUCUCAGACUUAACGGUAGAAGAUCUGGAGACAGAUGCCCUGAAAGCAGAUGUGAACGUGCACUUACUGCCUCUGGAAGAAUUAACAUCUCGCCUGAAGGACCUUCCCAUGUCCCCUGAUCCUGAAUCACCGAGCCCCCAACCCAGUUGCCAGGCUGAAGUCUCAGAUUUCAGUACAGAUCGCAUUGAUUUUUUUAGCGCCCUGGAAAAGUUUGUAGAGCUUUCCCAAGAAACCCGGUCCCGAUCUUUUUCCCACUCAAGGAUGGAAGAACUGGGUGGAGGAAGGAGUGAGAGCUGUCGACUGUCAGUGAUGGAAGUAGCCCCUUCCGAAGGGACAGCUGAUGACCAGAGAAGCAGCUCUUUGAGUAAUACCCCCCAUGCAUCUGAAGAAUCUUCAAUAGAUGAGGAACAGUCAAAGGCAAUCUCAGAACUGGUCAGCCCAGACAUCUUCAUGCAAUCUCACUCAGAAAAUGCAAUUUCAGUCAAAGAAAUCGUUACUGAGAUUGAAUCCAUCAGUCAAGGAGUCGGACAGAUUCAACUGAAAGGAGACCUCCUGUCUAACCCAUGCCAUACGCCAAAGAAGCAUACCAUCCAUGAGCUGCCCCUUGAGAGAGCGCAGGCCCUGGAAAACAAACCUGGAAGUCUGGAGCAAGGUGAGGGUUCCUACACAGCCCAGCCUGAACUAGCCAAAGACUCAGGGAAGUGGGACCUAGAAGGCUGCCUGACCACACACUCAUCAACUGCAGAGCUGGAAGAGGAGGAACCAGCUGAGGAGGAACAAGAACUUUGGGGCCCUGGAAUGCACCCAGGUGCCAAGUGGUACCCUGGGUCCGUGAGGCGAGCCACCUUGGAGUUUGAAGAGCGCUUGCGACAGGAGCAAGAGCACCAUGGUGCCGCGCCUGUUUGUGCCUCAUUGUCCAUUCGCAAGAAUUCCAAGAAUGAUUUCUCUGUCGCAGACCUAGCACCAAAAGGGAAGAGUGAUGAAGCUAGCCUUGAACUUUGUUUUGCCCCCAAGGAACCAGAGAUUAACAAGGGCAAAGGGAAGAGCAGUGGGUCCGAAGCUGGCUCACUACCCCAGUCUGAGCAAGUAGCCAUUGGUCCAGCACCUGAGCUGCUGCCGUUUCAAGAGCGCCCAGGGUCAGACACUAGAACAAAGCAGGAAGGAGUCCUGAAGGAGCAGAGGACUGUGGUUUCGUGCCAGGGCUCUGAGACACAGGCAGCCCCUCUCUCACUUCCCAAGAAGGUGGAAAUCAUUGAGUAUCCCCACGCGGUUCCAUCCCCCAAUCACCCUGGGCCAGGGGGUGAAAGAGCCACCAGCAUAAAGAAUGGGGAGCAGGGACUGAGGAAAGCGAAGGUAGAGGACUCCAUCCCCAUCCUCUGUGCACUGGAUGAAAAUCUGAACAGGACUCUGGGCCCCACCCAGGCUCCUCUGCACCCCAACGUGCUACCUCUGCCUCAUUCUUCCCCUCCUGAGCACGACAGUCCCACUGACCUGACCUCCACCCUGAGCAGCCCUGAAGCCUGGGAUGACAGCCUCUCGACAGCCCGGCAAACAGGAGCACCUUUUGUCAGUCGCACAACCCAUGUACCAUCUGCCAACUUGGAUCACGCACAUCCCCAGACUGUAGUUCACCUGGAAGGCUUCACAGAGCAAAGCAGCACCACAGACAACGAGCCCUCUUCAGAGCAGGGUAGCUGGGAAGAAAGUCAGGAGGGCCCCUUUUCCAGUGGCAAUGAAAUGCCAUACGAGGACUCCCAGCUAACUAGAGAAGACCUAAGCCAACUUGGUGACAAUAUUGAGGAGUUACAAGAAAAACCGGACCCACUUCCUGUAGCCUGUCAACUCCCACACAGCUCUAGUGGUGACAGCAUAAAGGGUCUCAGCCAUAGCCCCGGUGUGGUGAAGGAGCGCACUAAAGAAAUCGAGUCCCGAGCGAUUUGCCAGGGAGGGCUCACCAAACCAUCCCAAAUGAGGCAUUCAGCUUCCCUCGCCAAGUUAGGUUACUUGGACCUCUGUAAAGACUGUUUAUCAGACAGAGAGCCUCUCUCCUCUGAUCCCCCUCAUCUCAAACUGCUCCAGCCCUUCAACAGAACGGACACAGGCAUGCACGCCAGGGAGGCCCAGGAGCCCCCAGAAAACCCAGAUGCCCCCCAGAACCCAGAGCCCACCAAGUAUUUUAUAGAACAGCUCAAAACAACAGAGUGUAUCGCGCAGAGCAAGCCAGUGGAGAAGCCCAUUGUACAGUAUGCCAAAGAAUUUGGUUACAGUCAGCAGUGUUUGCUCCCCAGGGCAGGACCCGAAUUGACUAGUUCUGAAGGAGGCCUUCCUUUGCCACAACCCCAGGGACUGCCGCGUGCAGGCCCCGCUCCAGGGCUGGCUGUGGCACCCCGUCAGCAGCACGGCCGAACUCACCCCCUUAGGAGACUUAAAAAAGCAAAUGAUAAAAAACGGACAACCAACCCCUUCUAUAAUACCAUGUGAUUCUGAGCCUACAUGUGUGACUUUCUGAAAGAAAUGUUUGUAAAAGGGGCAGGUGUAAUAUGUAAGGAACAUGCACUUUAUGGGUUAAUUUUAUAAUAUUUUGGUCAUUUUACUGUUCCUGGCGCAUGCAGGGUUUGGGUUGGUUUUUUUCCCCCUCUGUGUAUGUGUGCGUGAAAGAGAAAAAGAGAGAUUGAUUCAGACAGCAAGACCAUUUUAGCAUUUUUUUAUUUUUAGAAAAAUUCAAACCUCAAAAAAAUACUCAUUUUCAAAGAGCACCUUUAUCAAAGGCAAAUUGCUGUUUUUCAGUCAGCUCCCACCUGCUCCUCAUUUGCCCUCUGAGAAAAAGCUUGCCUACUUGCUUGAGGAAGGAAGCAGCUGGGGAGGGUGGGGAUGAAGCUGGAAAUCGGAAAUGCUCCCCUGGGCCUGUGUGAUGAUGGUUUGGGCUUCAGACCUGAUGCAUGGGAUUGAGCUGAAGGGCCGCUGCAAGUCCACGUGCUCUCAGCCUUGGGCCCACUAAGAGUUCCCAAGGUGGGCAGGUUCUGCUUUGCUCUCAAAGGGGGGGGGGGUCUUCCAGAAGCCACUGCUUCUGGAUUCCUGAGUCCAUCAUUACCGAAAGGCAGGAUAAUGGCUGGCUUUGUAUACUUACCAAGCAAAUAGGUCCCCCCCCACCCAGCACAUGAUUUUUAAAUUAAAAGUGAAUCUCAAAUGAAAUCUGAGAGAUCUGUGUCGAGGAAAGCAUAUGAGGAGGAGGAGGAGGUGUCGAGGAAAGCAUAGGAGGAGGAGGAGGUGAAGUCUUCAGAGGCUGCUGCCCAGUAUCUUCCGGGUCAGUAUCUUCCUCCACAUGGGCUGUCACCCUGGCCCUCCAUCCUUUCAACUAAAACAGAAUAGGGACAAGUUUGAAAAACAGCAAUUGAAAGUCAGUGUGUUCUUGUAAAAUGACUAUGUACGUAGGGUUUUAACACUUCCAUUACUUGAAUAAUUCUGUGGGCCUUCUGAGUUUAAUGGCCAUAUAUUUUUCCAAUUUACUUUUCUCCCUCAUGCUGUUUCUCCCAGUGCUGCCCUUUUUUUAAAAUUUCAUAGAUGAUAUUUGAAUUGUUACAUUACCUAUGUAUAACCUCCAUUGAACGCGAAGUUUUCUUACCGAUGUUAUCACUGUUAACACUUGACGUGGGUUGUUGUUUUUUUUUUUUCUGGAAGAUUUGUCAUUUCUCUAGUUUAUACACAGUAUUUAUGUACAUAAUGUCACUUUCUUACAGUGUUUUGUUGUUGAUGUCGUAGGAUCUUUUUGAUUUAAUCUUUGUAAGAAGGAUAAAGCUGCAACUGGAGAAAACAGACACCACAGAAAUAAAACUGAUGGGUGCUGGUAGGAAUCUGCAGAGUAUAUCGAUGGUGGUUUUAAUUGUUAAGAUGGAGACUUCUGAUCGCCAGCUGCUGCCAAAUUAUGUGUUAGUAACUUCCUCCUCAGAGAAACCCCUGAAGGCUCCCAUUAGAUCACAGUUUGACUGAAAGCUGAUUUCUCUUUGAGACUGAAAUCCCAGAGCGGGUUGUUUGCCAGGAGCUGAACCACAGCCAGGGAGUAUAUGUGAGUGAUACCGCUGCCCAGGGCGGAAGCUUCCGAUGGAGUGGGCUGCAGGGUUCAUGGGCAGGCAGGCCCCCCACCAAGGGCAGGCACCCACUAUUGACUCCACUUAGGAUGCUUUUGCUUCGUUGCUGUUGUGGAGCUCCUUGCCAUUAACAAGCCUGUUUAGCCAUUUUAGCCUGGAAUGAAAUACCUUCUGCAGCUCAUCAAAACUGAAGAGGUUUGCAAAUUUGCUUCCUGUUUGCUUUGGUUGAUGUCCACGUGGCUGAGAGGUUGACCAAGUACAGAGUUGGGCUUUGGUUUUUGGCUCAUCAUGGCACUGAGAGGAAAGACAGAUACCCAGACUGUCAAGGGGAUUGUCAGAGGCCAGAGUUUGGUCGGAAACAGAUAGUGGAGUGACCUCCAGGGGACAGAAAAGGUGGCCCGAGGCCAUUCAUAGGUGCUCCAGGGGAGCCGUGAAUCUGGGUGCUGUGUGGAAGUUGGUCAGGUCUCACUUCGCUGCCAGGUGGUGGAUUGGACAGAAACCUCCUGCUCUAAGUGUCUUUAUGAUGUAGUAAUUAUAUGUACCUGUGCUGUCUUUAAAUAGUUUUUUCCUUGAAUGUUCGAAUGUAUCCUCCACACACACUGCUUUGUGGUUGCUGGAUGUUUAAUGUGUUGUCAAGUGUUUUUGUUAGAUGAUGUGUACCAGUGUGAGGAGGCUUGCAAGACAGGGUUAUGAAUUUCCAGGGCUCAGCCUGCUAAACAGCCCUGCCUUGUUGAGCCAGUUCCACCACCGCCAAUACAAGAGGGAAAGGACAGGAAAUUGUGGCAGGGGUAGGGAGAGAAGGAUUUGCACUGAGGUGAAGAGAGUGGUGUCCCCUCAUUAACCCUUUGAAAUGGUGACAUCCCUCACAUAGAGAAUUAUAAGCAGGAUGGACAGUAUUACACUGUGCUCUCUCCUCCCCUGCAGCGGUGGUUAGUGCUCACCAUCCCUGCAUUAAGUAAUAGCAGCGGUGGGGAGAUCUUCUAAUGCUGUGAAGAAAACUUUUUAAAGAAAAAGGAAAUAGUCUUGCUCUCGCUUCCUUCUUUUAAGUAACAUUCUUGGUUAUCGUUUAAUUUACCUGCCUCAAGAAACAUCCUCCAUUCAGGGUCUGUAAUUCACCCAUGCUGUGGGGGUUUUGCCAGCCUCUCAAACCCCCCACAACUGAGGGUUUUUGUGUUAUGUGCAUAGCUGAGCAAUGCCCAGGGGAAGCACAUGAUGAGCCAUCAAGGACUUCUCAGACUUUCUUGUCCUCAGACUUUUUGAUAAUCUCAGGUGGCCUAUUUCCCUUUUCUGUUCAUGGAAAGCUCAGACCCAGAACAGCAGGUCCGGUGGUUUGACAGAGAUGAGUAGGAAAAGUCUUGACCUCUUGCUCAGUGCCUCUCUUUAUUUUGAAAACCACCGUAGUCUGACGCUCAAUUACCCUGGAGGAGAGAGAGUGAGAGAGAGAGUGUGUGUGCAUACACAGAUACACGCACACCUGUGCAAAAAUACUUUAAAAAGUAAUGUUUUGGUGCAUGGGGUAGAAGCCCCAGGAGCAUGCAACUUUUGAGCUGUAAUCUGGAGGGUUACCUGGUGAAUAGGAAGGAGAGAGACUUCAACCCUUUCUUGAUUUUAGAAACACUUAGGAGUAGUAUAUACUAUAGUAGACCUGUAGUACUGUAUUAUAGUAAUAAUCAUCUCUCCUCAUUUUUGUUGCCUUUCAGAGUCUUAAUGUUUGGGAUCAUUCUUAGCACCCUAGCUUCUUCAGGCUCUUGAGGUAGCAUUUUCCUGGUUCUGUACCUGUAUCCCACCCCUAUCUCAUCUGGGGAACUACAAAGAGCUCCAAGGACAGCCUUGAGAAUGAAAGCCCAGGCUCUGAGGUCCCCUCUUGCUCAAGGGCCCCAAACAGAGACUUUUGGAUAGACCUGAAGUUUCUCAGACAUAGCCACUCACAAAAAUCUUCAUCUGAUCCAUCUGAGGAUUUCAGUUUUAAAGUGAUCUAGGCAUGUUUGGUAGAGAAGUUUCUGUGGGAGUUUUUUUCUUUUACAAAAGCAUUAUGCAAAGAGGGUCACUUUUUAAGGGCAUUUUAAAACUUUUAAAUAAAGCCAUUCUUUGGCUCUUUUUGACAACUAUUUGUGGAUACUUUGUUUACAUUGUGAUAAUUAAAACACACAUCCUCUUGACAGCCGCUCCUCCCUUUCUCCAGGCACGCAGCCCUGGCUGUCCUAUGAGUCCUCUCACAGAGCAAGGCCUCCGUGGUCAGCCCUGACUCACAGGGGACUUGGGGGGGAUGGACCCGGAGCUGACUUCCAUCUGUGUCCUGCACUCCCCUUCAACACUCUGUGUGGAAUUAGCCCUUUCCUCAGUCAGUGAUGGUGUGUCUUACAGUGAUGGUUGUAACGGUGAAUGGCUAGUGUCCUUUUUGUCUCAGUUUGUUUUGCUUUUUGAUGGUAGAUGAAAUUUUAGCUCUUUCAGCACCAGUCCAACUUGACGGUAUCUUGGACUUUGUUUUCCCUCCCAGACUUAAAAGAUCAAGGCAUGUAUUAGGCAUAAAUAUAUUUGCUGCCUCAACUCAUCUGAUACCCAGAUUAGGAAACAGCCUGUCACCAAAGCAGAAAGCUGCACACUCCUAACCCCUGUCCCAGGCCUCUGGGGUCCCUCGAUGCCAUGGAGAGCUAAUGCAAGGUGCUUGUGUACUUUCCCAGCCUGGAAGUGAAGGGUGACUGGCCCUGGCUCCUGCUAUGAAAGAAAACCAGCCUCAUUUUCUCAGUGCCCCAGAGACCUAAGACAGGAUUUCUAAACUGGAAUCAUCCCUCACUGGCUUGAAGAUGCCUCAGGGGGUAUAUGACUAGUGCUGCCCUCUGGGUCCUCACAGGGACACUGGUGGCUUUGUCCUCUGUACAUAUGCAGAGCUAAUACCUAGGGCUUUAUUCAAGCUGAUGACCCAAUCUGGAAACUGGGUAACUGGCCCUGAAAUGAUUCUCCGCCAACAGGCCCACAGGGAAUUGUUUGGUUUUUGUGGUUUUUUCGGAUUUUGGUUUGCCUGGCAUAGCUUAAGGUGCCUUUUAUUUUUUUUUUCUUUCUACUUUAUUUUGUAGGACUUGUUCUAAAUGUAGAAAACAAGUCCAAAAGACUCUCCCACUGACUGUUACCUUUGCCCCAGGCCAGUCCAAACUUUUAUGCUCACAUUUUAUUAAAUAAAGCAGGUGCUCCCUGGAAUCUCUGGGACCUUUUUGAGGCAUUUGAAGCAGAAUAUAAAGAGUGGUCUCAUCUCCUUCCUUAAUCUUCCUGGUGGUUGGGAUGUUCCACUUGUAUCAUAGAUUUUUUUUAUUACUGAUGUGCUCUGCUGUUUUUAAAUGUGAACUUGUGCGCAAAUGUGCAGAUUCAAUGUUCUUGUUACAGAUUAAAUAAAUUUUUAUUUUGAAGAUGAAA